ACUGUAUAUGAAACUGACUUUACGUUGGAGUGGACACGACCUGAUCUGAACCCCAGAUUUGUUUAUGUGUGGCGCUCCGGUCAGGAGCUUGUAGAUAAAAAGCAUGAAUCAUUUGUGGGAAGAACAUCACUGUUUCCUGAUGAGCUGAAACAUGUCACUGAAACUCUCUAAUGUGAAAAUAUCUGACCAGGGAACGUAUAAAUGUUUUAUUCCAGCACUGGAAAAGAACUCAUUCAUUCAACUACUUGUUGUAUCAGAUGCCAUUUCUGUGCCUGUCAUCAGUUUAUCAGCCAUUAACAAAGCCAGAAGUGGAGUGGUGUUACAGUGUGAGUCUGCAGGCUGGUAUCCAGAGCCUGAGCUGCUGUGGUUGGACGGUGAGGGAAACCUCCUCUCUGCUGGACCUACAGAGACCCUCAGAGGUCCUGAUGACCUCUAUACUGUCAGCAGCAGAGUGACUGUGGAGAAGAGACACAGCAACAACAUCACCUGCAGAGUCCAACAGAGGAACACCAACCAGAGCAGAGAGACACACAUACAUGUUCCAGAUGAUUUCUUCCCGCUCAUGUGCAGUCCUGCUGUACCCAUCAUUGUUUGUUUGACUGUUUGCACCAUUUUAAUUGUAGCAAGUGGCUUGUUUAUGUUUAAAUGGAGACAACCAGUAACCAAGACAAGGAGAAACCAGUUGGAUGAAAUGGAGAAGGGAGAAAAAUACAGUUACUCUCAAAGGGACAUAAAUCAGGAAGAAAAUGAGCACAAAAAACUAAUGGCACAUGAACCAGUGCCACCCGAAGUUUUGGAAGAAGGCGCUAACACAAGCAGUCAUUUGCUCAGUGCAAAACAUGUCGAGGAUGAGGCUGUGGAAGACAUGGAGAAUAAAGCAGAGAUGAAUGAAACUGAGGAAAAACAGGGAAACCAAGCUGCUGAAUCCCAGUCAUCCUGGUUUCCUUUGUUCAGGUAUUCCUUCAAAAACCUUCAGAAUACUCAGCAUGGAAGGGAGGACCCUGUCAGAGAAGUCACAACUUUAAAAGAGAAGCAGUGCGAGUCCAAAAUCCAUCUCAAGUCUGUCAUUAAAAAUCAAGGGUCUGACAAAGACUUGACUGAACUGAAAGGAGAGAAUGAGCAGGCAGAGAACCAAAAACAAGCUGAUAAGAAGUUGAGUGAAGAACUGAGGGAGACACAAAAACAACUGGACAACAAGACAGAAGAAAACAAACAGAUUAAAAGACAUGUGGACAGUCUCCUGGCUUCAAUCAAUAGCCUGAAAGAUGAGAAACAACUGCAAAAGCUGCUGGAGACCAGAGAAAAAGAGCUGGAGAAAUGGAAGGAAGCUACUAAAGGACUGAAAGAAGAGGUGGAGAAAAAGAAAUCUGAAAUCAGCGAGCUAAAGACCGAACUUUCUAAGCAGCUCAGCAUUGAAGAGCGGAAGGAGGCGCAAACUGAAUCUCAGUUGAAUGAAGUCCUGAUCAAGAACAAAGAGUUGACAAGGAGGCUGAAGGAGGAAAUAGAAAAAAGGGAGCAAGUCAAAAAAGAAAUGGAAAAGUUGAAGAAUGAGCUGACCAAGUUAAAGGUAGAUCAUUAACAUUCAAGGCUGGGUAAAAAUCACUUUAUGGCACUCAUAUCCACAUGCUCUCCGCCUUUACCUGGUGUGGUUGAACCUAACCUGCCCUGGAGCUCUGAACACCAUCUGCAGAUCACCAUCAUCUUAAACAACAAACAAAACCACAACCCAUUGUAAU